AUGGCAGACGCAGGCACCGUGGAGAUGUUGGAAGCGACCGAGGUGGCGGAGGUCGAGGCGGGAUCCGCCACAGACGAAGUCCCCGAGGACGAGUCGCUUUCUUCGGAGAUCUCCCCAAUCAGCGCGCCGAACGCGGCGAACACGAACAACGACAGUAUCCUUGGCGACAAGUUUGGCAAGACCAUGGAGGAGCUGUCCAUGCCCCAGCACGAGAAGGCGGCCAUCCGCCACUCCUGGAAUGCCUUCCAGAAGGCGCUUGGAGACAGCGAGGCCGUCGGGGACGCCAUCUAUGGCUUCUUGACUGGCGCCCUGAGCUCUGAGAAGGACAAGUUCACGACGCCCCGCGCCGUGCUGUGCCUGGCUCUCUUCAACGGCUUCCGCGUGCUUUCGGACAAGCUGGACGAUCCCGCAGCGCUGUUCACCUUUGUGGAGAUCCUGGGGUUCAAGCAUCUGACCUUUGGAGUGACCAUGGCGCAGACCUCUGCCGUGAGCGAUGCCUUUAUCGAGAUUCUCACGCAGCAGGUGCAGGGCCAGGAGCUGGUGCCCGGAGCCAUCCAGGCAUGGCGCAACCUGCUUUUCUGGGUGGGCAGCUGCCUCCGCUACAUCAGCGUCACCUACUCCAGGCGGCUGGAGCUCAUCGGCGAAGACUGGAAGGCAAUUCAGGAGGCCAGCAACUCCAACGAGGAGGAAUCUGCUGUGCGCAGCUUUCCCAAGAUGUGCGCCUUCAGCAACGAAGUCAUGGGGGAGACGCUGGAUGCCUGGAUGCACGAGCUCUUGAAGGUCUUCGAGGUGCUGGUCAGCCAGGCGAACAACCCCUCGCUUCUGCUGGAGGAGUGCGACUUGCUGUCCAUCACCAUCGUCAACCUCUCGAACGGUGGGGACAUCCAGUUCGAUCGCUUCAAGCCCGUGAUGCUCGCGGCGUUGAGGUCUCUGCUGCCGAAGACGUGGUCCAUGGAGCACGAGACUGCUUGGCAGUGGCUGUGGAAGACGAUCGCCACAAACCUCAUGGAGGCAACCAUGAAGGUCCGCUCCUACAAGCCCUGGAGCACCAAGCUGUAUGGAGCAAUCAAGGAUGAGCAACGGGAGAGCUUCCGCUCGGACAUCUACACCGACUUCUUUGCCAAGUGUGGCAUGAGCCAGGAGUUCUUCAAGCAGUCGCAGACCCGGCUGCGCUACAUCGCCGACCGCAUCCUGGCGAGUGCCUACGACAUGCUGCACAAGCCGGUUCAAGAGAUGGUGGACGAGCUUUCGGCCCUUGGCCUUCGGCACGUGGGCUAUGGCGUCCCUGUGGAGCUGUUUGCCCCUUUCACCGACACCAUUGUGCUCACGAUGAAGCCCAUUGUCGCAAACUUGGCCGACGAGGUCACCAUUGUGGCGGAGGCUGCCAGAUCCAACUGUCACUGGCUGGAGGACUUCAACGUCCCUGACAAGAUGAUGCUCGAUGGAUUUCGUUGGUCCCUAGGCCUGGUUGCUCGAAUCCUGAUGCGGACCAUUACCGAAGGGUCCACAUCGGUCAUGCAGGCCAUCAACCACGAUGACCACCGCCAGAUCACAAAGGCUUUGAACGACUCGCCGCGAUUCGACAGGGCUCGAUGGCAGCUGCGCGUGCGCGUGGGCACGCAGACCAUCAGCCCACUUCACUAUGCCCUUCGCAGCGGCAGCCAUCAGUCGGCAAAGAAGAUGAUCGAGGAUGUGUUGACCAUCCGCGCGGAUCGCCAGCGGUACUACUACGGCGUGGACGAGCUCUUUAACUAUCAGCCGGACGUCGCCGAACACGUCUGCAGCGAAGCGCCCUUCCUGGCCAUGGAGAUGCUCGAGGGAUUGGUAUGGAGAUCACACAAAUCCCACGAUGGCAUGCGAUCCGUGAUCUACUACUUGCAGCACCUCCUGCAGGACACGGCGGAGGACUCUACCCUAUCUCGGUCCUUGAAGACGUUCAUCAGCUUCAAAGAUGCCAAGAUCAUUCAGCAUCCAAUCAUGGUCUUCUGCACGGACUUACUGUGGAGCCGUCUGGUGGUGAAAGUUUUCCUGUGCGACCGGUGCUGGACAGGUUUUACCUUCGUCAUCUACAUCCUGUCGCAGUGCUCACUGAACCAGCCCCAUUUUUUGGAGAACCCCGUGCUGCGAAACGUCUUGGGCGCUGCCCGCCUGCUCGUCUACAUUUGCGGCUUGGGGCGGCUGCUUUACUGGCACUGCCGGGAGACGUGCAAAGCAUCACAACGACGGGACAUGGUCAAGUUUGGGCGCCUUUCCAUCCCUGCCUACUGGGGAGAGCUCGAGCAUCGCAUCAGCCUGGCUCUGUUGGCCGUGCUGGUGGGUAUGCUCUUUGUGGAGCCAAUGUUUUAUUGCUUCGGCUCGAACGACGUCGUGGAGUUCGCUUGCCCUGCAUAUACCGAUGGAAUGCACAUGGUCUACCAACUUUUCUCCGGCCUGGGCGUCUUCCUGUUCUGCUCGAUGAUCCUCGACCUUGCGGCGCUGAACAUCCGAAUGGCAGCCUACAAGGUCCUGUGUGCACAGGCGAUGGAUCAGGUGGUGAUGUGCGGCAUCGCGCUCCUGGUCACAGUCGUCACCUUCACCUUCGUCAUCAGCUCUCUGUCCCGGGAGACGCAGAACAUCCAGACGCAGGACUGGAAAUCCAUGGACGGAACCAUGCUUGCCCUGAUGCAGAUUGCCUUUGGCCUCUUCAGCAUGGAGUCGAUGUCCGCUCUUGCACAGGAAAGUGGCCUGAUCUUCGCUUGCGUCCUGCUUUACAGCAUCGCCGUUUAUACUUGCCUCUUCAAUCUGCUGGUCUCGCAGUUCUGCGGCAUCUACAUGGCGCUGGCGGAAGACAUCGAGGGUCAUGCGCGACUGGUGCGAGGGCACAUUAUCCUGACCGUGUUGAAGGACAUCCAGCUGAAGAAGUGGCAGGCUUUCAUCUCCUCCCUGCGCCUGGAUCUGCGGACCGACUUCGCAGAGGGAGACACUGGCCUUCCGGGUGGGAUCAAGAUCCAGGAGCCGGCAUACCUGCAUCCGGUGGCACAUGACCAGAUUCUGCGGUUUGGAGGCAAGACGGAUCCGUCUCUCCCCUGGCCGGAGAAGGACAACGGCCAGGAUGAAACCAUGGAGGCGAUGGUGGAGAGAACCGUCCUCAAGAGCGUCAAGAAGGCCCUUGGCCAGAGUGGCAGCGAGACCCAUAAUACUGGCACCUCGCGCCACACUGACAGCAGCGUCCACAGUCACUCUGAAAGUCAGGGCCCAGCGGUGCAACUGUAA